CACAACCGAAAUAUCAACGACUAUCGAAUCGUCUUUCUUGCACGAAGCACGCAACACACGAACGAAACGAAACGAAUUCAUCGCACUACACAGCAACGGCUAACGGCGGCCAUUGUGAUUUGCCGACGACAGAAGAAGACAAAAGGACGUACGCGCUGGUCAAAAAGGAAAUUCAAGCCGUAUUGUAAUAAAAUUUCAACAAGAAAAAUCUAGUUAUUUCGUUUUCUUGUUGUGGUAAUGUUUUUGUAACGGUUUAUAAUGCAUUAAUUGUUUGUGAUUGCAAUAUUUAUGAACUUGUUUGUUAACGGCUUGGAAAGUGUGUCUACUAAGUUUUGAAGAAAUUUAGGGAAGGGCAAGUACGGGUGGCAAGUAAAAGUCGUCGUCGUUCCAUUCAAAAGCCAUUGGUGACGUGAAAUCGUGUACAUAUUUGGGUAAAUUCGACAAGAAAAAAAUUCGGAGUAUUGCUCAAUAAGUGUCCAACUAGUGCAGCAGCCUCCGCAACUAAACACUUGCCAAGCCUUAUCAGCUCGCGCACAUUAGUACGCACAAAUCACAAUGGAACGAAAAAAGGUGCUUGAGCUGGACAAGAUCUGUCGCGUGUGUAUAGCAGAGCGUAAGGACAUGCGUCCAUUAUUUAGCGAAAAGAUCGCCGAGAUGUUAAUGGAAUGUGCCACAGUUAACAUUGAAAAUACCGAAGGUUGGCCGGAUAAAAUUUGCAUUCAAUGCGUCCAUGCUGUAUCACGUUGUCAUGCAUUCAAAAAGCAGGUUGAACGCAGCGACAAGGAGUUGAGGGAGUAUAUCAAAAGCUUAACGGUGCGUGUGGUUAUAGAAGAACCGAAUGAAGUAAAGAUCGACCAGUCAGCGCAGACGAAAAUUUUGUCACAGAAACCACCCAAACUACAGUUGAUACAGCCACAAGCUCAAUUUCAGUUGCAGACACAACAUAAUCAAAUGCAGUUACAACAGCAACAACAACAACAGCUCAUUUUGCAACAACAGCAGCAGCAGCAGCAAAAUCAACAACCACAACAGAUGCAGCAAGUACAGCAUUUGCAGUUGCAACAACAGCAACCUGCCAAACGUAAGACCACUAGCGCGUCACGCAAAACACAGCGUCAAUCAAAGAAACCGCAUUUAUUGCCGCAACCUAUGCAGCAACAACAGCAUCAACAAACUCUCGAACAAGUGUCAUUACAAACAAUGGUGCCAAAUGCUACACCUUCGCGCACACAAGCGCAACCAGCAACACAACAUCUGCAAGCAACAUUGCAAACGCAGCCACAACCACAGCAGCUAAUUUCCACAACCGCCUUGCCACAGCAAAUUGUGCUACCAAACGGACAAAUAAUUACCACCGCGCAGAUUGUCACCCACGCCGGACCGCCACAGAUUGCACAGAUUAUUAGCACUGCGAACGGUUCGGCCGUGCAGACAAAUCCACCCACCAGCACUGUGACGACACAGCCCCAAUUUACGCCGCAGCUUAUACAAACGACCAGCGGGCAGACGUUACAGCUGAUACAGCAGCCAAAUGGUCAGCAAACAUUGCAAUUGGUGCAAGUUAUGCCACAACGCACUAUUGCCACAACAAAUGGUGGCAGCGUAAUGGUUACCACAGCCGAAGAUGGCACUACGACUAUUGUCGAUGAUGACACUUUAAUCACGCCCGACGAUCAUCACCUUAUCGAAGCAGACGAAGGCGAUCUCGAGGAAGAGGAUGAACAAAUCUGUGAGACCAUAGUUGUAGAGGAUGAUCAGCUAACCCAUCAGCAGUUGCUUAGCGGACAUCAUAAUAUCGUGGACGAAGAUGAUUUGUCCCAAGGUGAAACACAAGAACUCGAGUACCUUGAAGAUAUAACUGUGACCACCUCGAAUGCAGGACAUUCGCAUCAUCAGCAACAUCACACACAGCAUUAUCAACAGUUAAGCGACUGCGAUGGUGAUGCCAGUCAGCAGCAUCAUAUGCAGUUGCAUGAUGAAGAUGACAUCAUCGAAGAGAUACACAUGGAAGAGGAGGAGAUGCUCGAGGAUGAUGGCGCUGACGUGAUGCAUGUGAUGGAGGCGGAUGGUAACGAAUUUAUAAGUGACGAAGAUGGCAGUCAGCAGCAAUUGGUUGGCGAAAACGGUGAUCCGCUGCAGUACACCGUUAUGGAGGUACCAGACGAUGAGCUUGUUGAAACGGAUGUGAAAGAAGUCAUGCAAGCAGCUUGUGGUCCUGACAUGCACACUGUCGUCGAUUUCAAUCAUACAGUGAGUAGUGUAGGAAGCGGUGGAGAUGGUGGCGCUGGCAGUGGUGCCUCUGUAGGCAGUCAAACACCUACAUCCAAGCGUCAGCGUAAAUCAAAUUCCAAAGCGGUGGCAAAUUCGCGCCAGCUUGUUGCUACGGCCUCCUCUAUAGCGACUUCGGGGUCCGCGGACGAUGUCGAGAUCGAUCCCAAAUUAAUAGCCGAAUUUAUAAGUCAGCAAACCAGUGUACUCGGUUCCGGCCGUCAUGUGUGCAAUUUGUGUCGCCAUGAAUUCAAACAAUUCAAGGCGUUGCAUAAUCAUAUGCAUCAACAUUCGAAUUGGAUACGCGCAAACUGUAAGAAGCAGCCGCAAUGUGAGAUCUGUUACAAGAGUUUCAAAGGACCAGGUAUGCUUAAGAUGCACAUGAAGACCCAUCAGUCAGCGGCGCGCACGCCCACCUGCAAUAUCUGUCUCAAAAGCUUCAAAUCAAAAGCGAUACUCUAUCGCCAUCGGCAGACACAUCAACUGCGCUCUUACGCCUGUGCCGUGGACAAUUGUCGCAAAACAUUCUCUAUGCCACAAACACUGCGAACGCACAGCGACAACAAGCACGCUAACGCAGAUCAGCCGAGGUUCAAAUGUGGCGAGUGUAACAUACAUUUUGACGACGUGGAUGUGUUGCACUCGCACGUGCAAUCGGGGGUGCAUGGUGGCACGAUUACAAUAGAUGGCGGCGGAGGCAGCGAUGGUGCAGGGGGCUCGGCUGGCGGCAGUUUAGAUGGGUCAGGUUGCAUGGAUGGCAGUAUGUCGGGCAAUACGAUAAUUGUUGUUACGCAGGGUUAAUUCCACUGAUGCUAAGCACUACUUGCACCAUUUUUGUAAAUUAAUUUAACUUCCUCCUAUCGCAAAAAAAAUGCUUUCCCAUUGUGCUAGAUUAAGUGUUUGAUUUGUUCAAAACAAAACUAGAAAACAAAAUUAGAUUUAACUAACAUAGGAUUAUUUUUCAUAGCGACUACUACAUUUACCAACUACAUACAAACUUAUGUAUUAAAUAAAACACACAAAAAAAAUGAAGAAAGAAGUUACACGCAUAUUUUUAAAGUAUACAAAAUUUACAGUACACAAUAUUAUUCAUAUGACAAAAAAAAAAAUGCGAAAACUUUAGUAAUAAAACGAAUCUUAAAAAAAUUUUCAAAUGCAUGAGUUUUGCGCUGAAAGGUAUGUUUCACUUUUGCUUAUAGUACAAAAUAGCUCGGAUUAUUGCACAAGAAAACUAUAAGUGCGGUUCAGGGGGACGUAUUCGGGAUGUAGCGUUAUGCAUCUGUAAAAAUAAACAAGAAAUCCUACAAAAAUUAAAACCUUUAUUAAUGUCUUCGUAUAUAUUUUCGACCUCAUAAAAUUAACUCAGUUCACACUGAAUAUUUUCCGCAUGUUUACGUGCAAUAGUCGUUCUUCACUUAACAUGUUUUUUCUUUCACAAGAAAGCAGCAUAUACAUAUGUACAUACAUAUGUAUAUUUAUAUAAGAUGCUGACUUAUGUAUGCACGCCAAAAAAAAAUCCUGAAUAUGUCAAAUAAAGCAAAAGAAAUGGGUGUUUUAAUUAAUAUAAAGAUAAUGAACGGGGACAUUUUUCCACGGCCUCUUUCUUUUUUGACCCGUUUAAUUGGCACUUAAUGUUGACAAUGCGGGCAGCAAUGGAGGAAAGAUUUGGUAAUUCCGUUUACAAUAGUAAAAAAUCAAACAAAUAUCGUUAAAAAAAAACACUUCGAAAUUGUUUCCGAAAUCUAUUGGGGAUUUUAUGGGGAACGCUUGAAGUGUGGAAUUGUGUCGAUUUUGUUAAACUCCUGUACCAUACUACAAUGACUCACAUAAUAAGCUUUAUUCAGCAAGUAUAUAUGUAUUGAAGUAUGUAAUUCCCAGGUACAGACAAUUUUUUUGCCUGCCUAUUUGAUCAAAGCAAAAAAACCAAAAGUUGGGUCACAUUUCAUUUACUUCAAAAAAACAUUAGUACAAUAAAACUUAUGCCGAAUUUCCACU